CCGAGGCCGCUGCGCCUCCAGCCCCGCCGCGGCCAGAGGUUCCAUUUCGAGCGGAGCGUUUCCGAGGCCGGGGCGAGCGGGGCGGGGCGGGCGCUCGCGGCUUCUCUCCCGGGGGCGGCUCCAUGGGGAUGUGUUCACGGCAGGAGCGGAUCCAGAAGGACAUCGACGUGGUGCUCCAGCGGUCCCGGGCCGACACGGACUGCCUGUUCGCAGAUUUCAGGUACUCGGACUCCACCUUUACCUUCACGUACGUUGGCGGCCCCAAAAGUGUGUCCUAUUCAGUACAUGUAUCUGAAGACUACCCAGAUAACACCUACGUGUCAAGUUCAGAAAAUGAUGAAGAUGUGUUAGUUACUACAGAGCCAAUUCCAGUAAUUUUUCACCGAAUAGCAACAGAAUUAAGGAAAACAAAUGACAUUAACUGUUGCUUGUCCAUAAAAUCCAAAUUACAGAAGGAAAAUGGGGAGGAGUCGAGACAGAAUAGUGCAGUGGAAGAAGACUCGGAAGGGGAUAACGACUCUGAGGAGUUCUAUUAUGGAGGACAGGUGAACUACGACGGGGAGCUGCACAAGCACCCGCAGCUCGAGGCCGACCUGUCGGCGGUCCGGGAGAUCUAUGGGCCGCACGCGGUUUCUCUCAGGGAGUAUGGAGCCAUUGACGACGUAGAUAUUGAUCUGCAUGUCGAUGUCAGCUUUCUUGAUGAGGAGAUCGCUGUGGCUUGGGAAGUGACUCGAACAGAACCUAUAACUGUCCGACUGCACUGCUCACUCACCCAGUAUUUAAAUGGCCCAGUGCCCACUGUCGAUGUCUUUCAGAUUUCCACCAAAGAGCGAUUCGGAUUGGGGCACCAGCUGAAAAAGAUCAUGCAGACCUUCGUCACCCAGCAGUGGAAGCAGAGCAAAGACAAGCCCAGCUGCCUGCACGGCAAGAAGCUGUCGGAGAGGAAGGUGAAGUCCCCCCUGCACUUGUUUUCUACCCUGCGCAGGUCGCCCAGCUACCCGCCCCCCGGCUGCGGGAAGAGCAAGUCCAAACUGAAGGCCGAGCAGGACGGGAUCUCCAAGACGCACAAGCUGCUGCGGAGGACUUGCUCCAGCGCCGUCAAGGCCGAGGACUGCGCCCCCAAGGCGCCCCGGCCCUUUGGCCGCUCCCUGUCCAGCGACCCCAGGGCCGAGCAGGCCGUGAGCACCCUCAAGUCGCACAAACUCCUGGCCCGGCCCUGCCCCGCCACCCCCAGGCCGGAGGACUGCGCCCCCCUCAAGCCCCACAAGCUCUUGACUCGCUCCUGCUCGGGGGACCCGCGCUGCGAGCCUGGCGGGAAGCCCCAGCGGCUGCUGGGCAGGUCCUACCCCAGUGGCCUCCGCGUGGAGGAACUGUACGGCCUCAAGGCCCACCGGCUGCUCGGCAAGGCCCCCGCUGGCGCCCCCAAGGCGUCCCGGACUGAGUCCGGCCCGGAGCCCAGCGAGGGCAGGCGGCUCUCCCUCACCUCAGGGCUCAUGGGCAUCCUCACGCCCUCCUCCUCCCAGCCCGCUCCAAAUGGUGCCAAAUGCAUUCCCAUCCGAGACCGCGGCUUCCUAGUGCAGACCAUCGAGUUCGCGGAGCAGCGGAUCCCCGUGCUGAAUGAGCACUGCGUGGUGUGCGACGAGAGGCACGUGUUCCUGAACGGCCCCAUGCUCAGGCCCACCGUGUGCGAGCGCGAGCUGUGCGUGUUCGCCUUCCAGACGCUGGGCGUGAUGAACGAGGCCGCCGACGAGAUCGCCACCGGGGCCCAGGUGGUGGACCUGCUGGUGUCCAUGUGCAGGUCUGCGUUGGAAUCUCCCAGGAAAGUGGUCAUUUUCGAGCCAUACCCUUCCGUGGUCGACCCCAACGACCCUCAGAUGCUGGCCUUCAACCCCAGGAAGAAGAAUUAUGAUCGAGUAAUGAAAGCACUGGACAGCAUCACUUCUAUUAGAGAAAUGACGCAGGCCCCGUAUCUGGAGAUCAAGAAGCAGAUGGACAAGCAGGACCCGCUGGCGCACCCCUUGCUGCAAUGGGUUAUUUCAAGUAAUAGGUCACAUAUUGUGAAACUGCCAGUCAACAGGCAAUUGAAGUUCAUGCACACGCCCCAUCAGUUCCUGCUUCUCAGCAGCCCACCAGCCAAAGAAUCCAACUUCAGAGCUGCUAAGAAGCUCUUCGGCAGCACCUUCGCGUUUCACGGCUCCCACAUUGAGAACUGGCACUCGAUCCUGAGGAACGGCCUGGUCGUGGCGUCUAACACGAGGCUGCAGCUCCACGGUGCCAUGUACGGCAGCGGAAUCUACCUAAGUCCAAUGUCAAGCAUAUCAUUUGGUUACUCAGGGAUGAACAAGAAGCAGAAGGUGUCAGCCAAGGAUGAGCCGGCAUCCAGCAGUAAAAGCAGCAAUGCAUCACAGUCACAGAAAAAAGGACAGCAAUCCCAGUUCCUGCAAAGCCGUAACCUAAAAUGCAUAGCCUUAUGUGAAGUGAUCACCUCGCCGGACCUGCACAGACACGGGGAGAUAUGGGUCGUCCCGAACACCGAGCACGUCUGCACCCGGUUCUUCUUCGUCUAUGAAGAUGGCCAAGUGGGAGAUGCAAAUAUUAACACACAAGAAGGAGGCAUCCACAAGGAGAUCCUUCGCGUAAUCGGUAACCAGACCGCGACCGGUUGAAGGACCACCAUCUCGUUAACGGGGUCCUGAAAGCCUUCCUCGGGUUCAAAGCUGGAUUUUGAACUGAAGAAGAUGAUGAAAUAAUUUAUUGUUAUUAUAAACAAAAUUAAUCCUUUGAAUACUGAUUUUUUUCUUAGUAUUUCUAAGUAUCUCAUUAAAUACCUAAAACGGUAUGAAAUUUAUCAAUUGUAGGGUUAUGGAAUCUAGGAAUAAACUUACAACAGCACUUAAACUGAAGUUUGGGUUGCUCACACAAUAAACAGAUUGAAAAAGCAGUUUUGUGCUGAUAUUUUUAUAUUAAACUCUUUAAUUGGAAGUUUGGUAUUAUAUACCAACACUUUAGGUUACCAAAAUCGCAUUGAGAACGUUUUAUAAUGAUGUCUAAAUCUCUAAGAUACUUUGCAAUAAGUAAAAUGUUCGCACAUUCUGACGUGCUAUAUAUAUAUCUAUAUAUAUACUUAGUGGUAUGAACAUUCAACUAUUUUGAGGAGGGACGUUUCCUAUUCUCCUGUUAUUUUUCCUUAUACGAAAGCAAUUAGUCUUAGAUGCAAUGCUUUGCCCAAAAGUUUGUAAUAUACAUAUCUAUAGAUCAUGCAUCAGAAUGUGUGACUGUGCACAUGUGUGUGUAGAUAUGCACAUGUGUAUUGUGACAACAGGUGGUGUAGCUCCACAGUUCUCCCAUUCAGUGACAAUAAAUAAUAUUCCAUAAGCAGUAAAUCCGGACAGAAACCAAGAUAUGAGCCAAAUUUACCAUUGUUCAUUCACUGACAGUAUUUGCUAACAAUUUCUCUAUUUGUUUAAAGAAUGUUUUCUUCGGUUAAAAUUCAACUCAUUAAUAAUAUUAUGUAAAAGUCUUAAUUUGGAAACAUAGACACCCCUGGUGGACUAAGUCUACAUUGAAAUGAUCACGUGUAUUCAAAAAAGGUCUCAGAAUUAUAACAGACAGUACCUAUUUUUUAUUUCCUACAAUGGAACAUUUUUAAAAUUUAUUUAGACCACACCAGCAUUUUUGUAUUUUUUCAUCUAAUACCUCUGCAUAUUUUUUUUCAUAUUGAGAAAGAAGAUAAACUUUGAAGUUUCUUUUAUAUUAAAAGAACACAAAAUAAGUUUAUAGGGAACAAUAACACCAGCGCCCAUCCUCCUGCCACUGGUCACGUGACCACCAACAGCAUGUCUGGUUUCUUUGGGUCCUAACGUUUUUCUCAGUCAUUACAGGUUGUCGUUGCCAGUGUUUCAUUUUCCCGUGCGAUGUCUUGGGAAUAGGCCAUUCAUGAGAGCAGUUUAAUUAUCGUGUCUGCCACUCUGUUCAAACCCUGAAUCAAGGCUCAUAUCUGAUUCUAAUUUACUUAGAAAAAAAUAAGCACGUAUAGUCAUUUGCAGGUAUAAUGUUACAACUUCUGUGUUUGUUUCCUCUGGCAUAGAAGGUGAGAGAGAAGAGGCCCUCCAUAUUGUUAAGGGGUGCUGCUGAGGAAGUCUGUACGGAUCUUUUGUUUUCUUAUAUUGUAACUAACUGAUUUCUACAAAAAGAACUUGAAGUGGCUGGGCUAUUAAUCCUUGUGACACCAUCCACUUAAGACCUUGAUCUGUGUUGAACCCAAAGUGAGCCUGUUGGCAUUCAAGGGCCCAGGGGCGGCAUCUUGUUUAGUCCUGUGAGCAGAUGCUGGAGGACUUAGGCAGGGCUAGAGGAAUCCUUGCGUAAGUCUCCCAAGUCCCUUGGACUGUGUUUUAAAAAACAUUUUUAAGCAACAAGAUUAUUUUUUUUCCAAAUUAUUUUUAUGGGACAUUGUCUAUCUGACAUAAAUAUGAAGGUGUAAUAGCAGGAUCUGGAAAUUGAGGUCCUGGAGCCCCACUGUUUGGCCACUGGGACCACUGAGGCACCUCCCAAAACUCUACAGCGCCUCCACGCAUGACUGAAGCCACUGACCUAACCCAGUAUGGGCUUACUGAACACCUGAGUGACCUGGAAGGUGUGUUGUGUUAGGAUCUGACCUGCAAGCGUAGCUUCAAGGACUUUGGGAGGAGAGGAAAAGCUAGCAGCAUACACACUUCUGCCAACUUAAGAAUGAAAGUAGGUUCACCUCUCAGAGCAAGGAAAAUGUUUGAUCCUUUUAGUGCCUAACGUUAUCAUAGACAAAAGGCAUCUCUUAUGAUGAUAAAGUAUGCUGCAGGAUCCUGAUGCUUACCUUGAUUUCUAAAGAAUCUAAUUUUAAGAAAUACCAUGAGUAAAUGAAUACCAUGCUUCCAGAAUCCAAGCAGGUCACUAAAAUGGAGAAGUUUAAACAUUAUUGUUACCUUGCCUUGAUUCAGUCGCCCCAUUAAGAUACUAUCUAUUGACUUACUUGAUGAUUCCAGACAUGAUAUUGUAUUGUAUUUUUAUGAUUAUUGGAAGUCUGUUCUCUGCUGCUUUGUAAUAGUUUAUUAAUUGUGUAGCCAUUACUACUUAAUAUGAACCCACUGGGCAAAGGUAGUCAUUUAUUUUCAUUCUUGCAGUAGGGGAAGAGGAGCCUCAUUUAUUAGUUCUACUUCUUUUCUGCCAUUACUGAUUUUGUAAACAUUUCAGUAUGAAUAAUUUGUCCUCUUUUAUCACUCAGUGUAUUAAAAAAGAAAGUAAUUGAACAUUGGGGAAGAGAAAAAGCAAUAAUUUAUUAUUACUAUAGGACACACUAUGGUAAGGUACUGUAGUGGUGCCUUAGACUGCAUUACGUUGAAAUGGUUUGUAUGUUUGUUGCUCAGCAAAUCUCAAAUGUUGGCCUCAAAGGUGGUUUUUAAAUUUAAAAUUUUGAAUAUGAGUACAAGAUUUCAAUACAAGAUAGUAAGCUUAAGGGCUUACCAUCAAAUGCUAUGUGAUGUAAGAAACCAACCCAAACUGUUGUCGAUGCUCUGAAUAUUUCUCAUGGGAGAGUUUAGAGAAGGAAUCCUCCGUUGUGCUCCCCUUUGCUUAAAAGACAGGAAACCUCUCCUACGCAAGUCUAUUGUCAUUGAAAGAAGUUUCGCAGUACUUGAUGCCACAUACCACCACUUAAUCAGGGCGUGGGGUUUCCGAAAGGUUUAAGGCAAAAAGCUGUCAUCCUUGUUAAGUUGGGGUGACUUCAUCCGCAGUGAUUUGAUGUCUGACAGGUCACUCAACUGAGGACUGUCUACCGUCCAAAUGGAUGGAUUUCAUGGUGGCACCUGAAGCACAUUUUAAAAAUAUUACAAUGUUACUCUAUUGUCUCACUGAAUUCUUCAUCAUAACACUACCUCAAGACAAAUGACAGACUGUUUGUCAAGGUAAAUUGGGUUUCCAGGGUAAGAAAGAAAAGGAGUCUUACAAAUAGAAGUCAUCAAACUAUUCAAUAGUCAGAGACUAUACUGGCCAUAGAUAUUGUCGAUGGCCCCUUGACAACACAGUAAUACAGAUAUUUCAAUCACUGGGAAUGAAUGACGUAGUUAACACCCAAUGGGUUAUGAGAAGGGAUUUAAAGCUGCAACAAUUGAAAAUAAUUAGUUCUCUUUAAGAUUGGUUUUCUACAUGGACCACUUUUAUGUCCAUUCACCCAAAGCCACAGAUUUGCCCACCCUAAAUAGUGAAAGGGUUAAAACACCCAAUUCCUAUGCCAGAAUGGCAGAUGGAAUAUUCAAGUAUUUUUGGCAUUGAAUGCCUGCUAAAUUUUUGUCCAUUAUAUAUCAAUUUGAUGUACGUUGUUGCCCAGUUAAUUUUUCUUGGGGAUUUUGUAAACACCAUGGUAUAUUAGGAUACAUUUUUGCAGGUCAAAAGAAUUUCAAGUAGUUUUUAGACAGAACAUAUCCACGAGUGUGAAGAAGCUGUGUUGAAGAAUAGAUUCCAUUACACAUUUACCAGCGGGUCAGUAAAAAAAUAGUGCUUAUUUACAUAGUCCACAUAAUUUAAUGUUCUAAAAAUAAUUUCUCCAAUCUGCCCAAUACUUAAUGUAUCACUUGAGAUUUUAAAAUAUGCAGCCACUCCUUUCUGUAAACACGAAGAUAUGCCUGUGUUUCUUUAACUAUAUAGCCUUUCUUUACAAUAAAUUUCUUGACUUUUGUGCACAAAAUAGUAUUGCAACCUGCUCUGUAGCCUUUGGUGCCUUAGAGUUAUUAUAAAUAUUUAUCGAUAUGUACAUACUGUAAAUACUGCCAAGAGAUCCUAAGGCCAAAUAUUUUCUCUAUUCACUUUUUAUUGCACUUGCUUUCUAUUGCUACGUAAGCCUCUUUUAUCCAGCUUUGUAACAGUCCUAACAUUGUAGCCAAUGUAAAUGUUUACUUUCAAUAAAUCUGCAUUUGUUCAGCA